CGCAAAGCCCUCCUUUCCACUCUCGUCCCGCUUCGCCUCUUUUAGGGCGCAACGAAGAGAGAGAAGAAAGAUACAACAAAGACAGAGAGAGAGAUACUCAUAAGCAAACAAUACCCCAUAGCUCUCUCUGCUCUCUGAUUCAUCUCUGACCCCUUCACGUCUUCAUCUUCGGCUCUGUAGCAUUACGCCAUCGCCGAAGCGUCGUUGUUGAUUUGGGAAAAAGACCCAAUUUGGAUUCAGAAUUGUAAUUUUGAAAGAAAAAAAAUGGGUUACAUAGGAGCUCAUGGUGUAGCUGCUCUUAAGAAACACAAAUACAGUGGUGUUGAUCAUUCAUAUCUUGCCAAAUACGUUCUCCAACCUUUUUGGAACCGUUUUGUCAAAAUCUUCCCUCUAUGGAUGCCACCCAACAUGAUAACACUUAUGGGAUUCAUGUUUCUUCUCACAUCUGCUUUGUUAGGCUAUAUAUACUCGCCUAAGUUGGAUUCUGCUCCUCCUCGAUGGGUUCACUUUGCACAUGGCCUACUUCUGUUUUUGUAUCAGACUUUUGAUGCGGUUGAUGGGAAGCAAGCACGAAGAACCAAUUCAUCUAGCCCACUAGGAGAGCUUUUUGACCAUGGUUGCGAUGCUCUUGGUUGUGCGUUAGAAACAAUGGCAUAUGGGAGCACUGCUAUGUGUGGAAGAGAUACUUUCUGGUUUUGGGUUAUUUCAGCUGUUCCAUUUUUUGGAGCAACAUGGGAACACUAUUUUACCAAUACGCUUACUCUUCCGGUAGUCAAUGGUCCUACAGAAGGUCUUGCACUUAUAUACUGUGGCCAUUUCUUCACAGCCAUUGUUGGUGCCGAGUGGUGGGCUCAGCCGCUUGGGAAGUCGAUUCCUUUGUUUAGUUGGGUUCCGUUUUUGAACGGUAAUAUUCCACAAACCUUUUGUGUUGUUGAUUUGGGAAAAAGACCCAAUUUGGAUUCAGAAUUGUAA